UAACUCAGCGCCGGUAACCAACACCGGUUGUCCAACAAGAACAGUCUGCCUUGAGCACUCGAGUUGAACACUUGUCAUCAAUUACUACCCCUCAUACGUGUACAGUGCAAUUAGUGCGACGAAUUAAAUAGUGCAUCUUUCUUUAAUUUCUUGGGCAUCAGCUAUUUUCAUCGGUGAGAAUGGUAACUCAAUGGAAAUAUUCUCAACAACGAAAAAAAAUGUAAAAUGGUGAGAGCAGGAGCCCCGACAUAAAAAUAUUCCUCGACAAUUAAACAAUUACCUAAUAGACAACUGGAGAUAAUGCCGCUAUCAGGAUGAGAUGGAAAUUGCGGUGGGAUUGUUUGACGAUGAAACAACGAUACGAGGCAUUGUAUCGGGACUCAAUGGAAAGUUGUAAUUUAUUAAUUAAUAAAUAUGACCGUAUCGUAUCAGUACGAGGUCGCCAGCUCGACCAGCGGUGGAUUCACACGACUCCUGUUUAUGUGGAGAGGAUCCCUCUACAAACUCAUCUACAGGGAAUUAUUGUUGUUCUGCGUUCUCUUCGUUGCUAUUUCAGCUAUCUAUCGCCACCUUUUUGAUGACACCUACAAGGAAAAAUUUGAGGCGCUUGUUAUUUACUGUGACACCUUCAUCAGUCUCAUCCCCUUGAGCUUCGUCCUGGGAUUUUACGUUGCAUACGUUGCCCAAAGAUGGUGGCAACAAUACAUGGCAAUUCCCUGGCCAGACAAAGUGAUGCACAGUGUUGCUCUGUACGUGACGGGUAACGAUGAUUACGGACGCAUGCUCCGUAGAUCAUUAAUGCGAUACCUCAAUCUAUCUCUGAUCCUGGUGCUGCGAUCCAUAAGUUCAGCUGUUAAACGGCGAUUCCCAACGCUAGAUCACGUCGUCGAUUCAGGAUUUAUGACUUCGUUGGAGCUCGAACUAUUUCUAUCAGUACCCAGUGUUGAGUUCAAUACCUAUUGGAUACCGUGCACUUGGUUUAUCAAUUUAUUGAAAGAAGCACGACGAACCCACAGACUUCCCGAUGCUCAAGGACUCAAAAUAGUUAUGGAGGAGUUCAACGAUUUCCGUUCAAAAUGUGGACUUCUCUGGAGUUACGAUUGGGUAUCAAUUCCUCUAGUUUACACCCAAGUAGUCACUCUGGCGACGUACAGUUUCUUCGUAGUUGCUUUGAUAGGUAGACAAUACAUAAAAGGGGACAAGAAGCCCUUUCAAAUGGAACUGGACCAGUACUUACCAAUCUUCACGAUCCUUCAAUUUUUCUUCUACAUGGGAUUACUCAAGGUUGCAGAGCAAUUGAUAAACCCCUUCGGCGACGACGACGAGGACUUCGAGUUGAAUUGGCUCAUUGACAGACACACCAAGGUCUCGUAUUUAGGUGUUGAUACGCUGAUGAAUCGGUGUCCACCUCUCGUCAAAGACAUCUACUGGGACUCUGAAGAUCUCACACUGCCUUAUACUGAAGCCGCUGCUGCGUACAAGCGUAAAACGUAUCGUGGAAGUGUCGCCAAUAUGAUGGUUCCGGAGGAAAAACAAACAAUGUUCCUGCCAGAAAUAACAGAAGAGGAAGAGUCAGAACAACAAACCCCAACACCAAGAACAUCAACUGCAAGUCUUGCGACACAUCCAAAUGACAGUCCCCUGAACGGCAAGCGGCAGAUCAUCGGUAAUCCCUCAGCCUCAAAAGUCUCCCGGAAUUACUCAGAGACAGUUAUACCACUGGAUAUCCACGAGUUUAACGAGAUUGAAGGACAGCCUGUGUCGUCUGCCCAGAAGAAAUCGUCAAAACUAACGCCAAAAUCGGAGAGAAGACGUUUCUUCCCAUUCAGCCAGAAGCCGCAGCCAAGUAUUCGGCCUUGGCCCAGUGCCACAAAUCUGGAAGAAAGUACUCUGACAUAUCCCAGUACAAAGGACAAUGGAGAAUCAACGACUGACCAUUCGUUGUCCAUCCAGAGUCCACCGCCUUACAUCACCGUUCGCAGUGGAUCCCAAGAUGAUCCCAGUGAAGAGCCACAGGGUUUCUUCAACUCUGCCUUCUCUCAGGAGCUCUCAGAGGAUCUCUCAGAGCUCAAUGAUGUCAGCAUUAAAAAUGCCAACGAAUCACCGAAGACGAGGAGUGCACCGAAAUUCCUGGUGAGAAGACAGGGCUCCGUUGGAAGUGGCAGGAAGAGGAAGGGAAUCAGGUGGAAACGACCCUUGGAUACACAUGUCAGUAGAAGAAGAACUGUUGACUGCAUUCCUUCGGCCAAGAAGAUCAUAUCCCAGACUAGCAGUACACCUGAUCUCAAGAGCUUCACUGUUUGUGAUCAUAGGGACGUUUUUGUGCAGAAACGCGCGGUCAGUGAAGAAACCGAGACGUAGUUUUAUCUCGUUUUUAUUUCAGGUACGUUCAGGUACAGGGACUGUUGGAAUUAAGGAGUUAUUUACAAAGUGAGAUUAUCUCCGGAAUAUUCUUGAUUGAUUUCUGUGAUUUCUCAUUAAUAAUACGAAAUCAUGGGUUCUUCUUAUUUUUCGUGAUUUACGUGAUUUCUAGUAGACAAAUCACGAUUUCGGAGUGAAGUGGAACGUUUAUCGAAGUCCCCGAAAUUUUAAUUUUUCAGGAGUGAGUGUCACGUUUUUUUUAAUCCAAUGAAGGCGAUGAUCAUGGAAUCCAUUUUUUUUUCCACCGAGAAUGUUCAGAUUUCCGAAAUCCCGAGUGAAGAGUCAAGUUGACUUGAAUAUUCAGUGCUGAUGAAAAAUUCCUUUUGAUUCGCCAUCAAUUGGGUCGUGUCUCACCCUCGGUCUUAUUUUGGAUGAUGCAGACGCGGCCUCAGGGACAAUUCGAAUUACUCUUCUCAGACGUUGUGCAAUACCUUAAUGAGAACACUAGCCUCAGGCAUUCCCUCUCUUCUCGUUGAGAGCGAAAAAGAAUGGGAAAUGAAGAGCGAAUGGAUUUUUUUUUCAGCUGAGAUUAAGAAUUUCACAUUAAACAUUUUUCCAAAAAAUGAAAACGAAUACGAAAUUGAUAUUUUUGAGUUUCCAAGGGGAAUUCAAGAAAGGGUGAAAAUCUAUUUUUUAUAUAAUGAUGAUUAUGAGUCAGUAUUAUUUGAUUACAUCCUAGGUGAUCGAUCGAUCUUUCGAGAGGAAAGAUUACGUUGCAAGUUCGAUGUACUUUAAUCCAUAACUAUGUAAAUAUUGUAAAUACAUCAAUAGAUAAUAAAUUGAUAGAAAAAUAAGAAUUAAGUCAUGAUAAUGAUUUGGUCAUGUUGGUUACCAUUUCGAUGAAAUAAAUUGAUAUUCAAAAAAAUAGUUGAAAAUUAUUCAGUCGUGCUGAUUGUAUUUCUUCAAGA